GAACACCACAGACUGUUCCUGGUUUGUGUUGACAGACAUGAUUGGGGAGAUGUGUAGUGUGCGAUAUACCACAUAUUGUGUGAAUUAAUCCAAACUGCACAAAGAUUUCAUGGGUUAUGAUGUGAUGUUUGCCAUCAGUCUACGUUAAAGCAUGUUGCGAAGAAGUUCUCGCCUCUGUGCUUUAGGAUACUACAGAGCAGAUGGAUCACCAACUGUCACCUACAGUGAAAGUAAAUUUCAUAAGGUGAAAGUAAAGCCCCUUGUGUUCCCCGCCGAGAAUGAUUCACAGCCGUGUUCGGACAACGAAGAGAUCCGCGACCAGCCGAACAUGAACGUCCAGAACAAAGCCACAGAUACCAGCAACAAUGGCACAGCUGUAGACACUCCGCCCGAAAACACUGUGGCAGUGGUGAUGGCGGGGGCACCCACCAAGAGAAGAGACGGAAGUGAUUCCAUCUGGAAUGUUUAUGCAAUGAUGGGAUGCACGUUUGUGUUCCUGUCAUUUCUGUCUUUAGGAGUUAUACAGUGCAGACAAAUAAAAAUGCAAAUAGGAGACACUCAGCGAGAUCUGCUCCCAGUGAAGGAGCUUCUGAAGGUGUUUCCCUCUGGGACAGCAAAGGAGCUUCAGCAGGAACUAGUGUCAGUGAAAGAACAUCUCACAAACUCUGUGAAGAAGCUUCAGCAGGAACUAGAGUCAGUGGAAGAACGUCACACAAACUCUGUGAAAAAGCUUCAGCAGGAACUAGAGUCAGGGGAAGAACGUCACACAAACUCUGUGAAGAAGCUUCAGCAGGAACUAGAGUCAGGGGAAGAACGUCACACAAACUCUGUGAAGAAGCUUCAGCAGGAACUAGAGUCAGGGGAAGAAUCUCACACAAACGUAAUGAAGAAGCUUCAGCAGGAACUAGAAUCAGGGGAAGAAUCUCACACAAACUCAGUGAAGAAGCUUCAGCAGCAACGAGAGUCAGUAGAAGAACGUCACACAAACUCUGUGAAGGAGCUUCAGCAGGAACUAACGUCAGUAAAAGAACAUCACACAAACUCAAUGAAGAAGCUUCAGCAGGAACUAGAGUCAGUAGAAGAACGUCACACAAACUCAGUGAAGGAGCUUCAGCAGGAACUAGAGUCAGUAGAAGAACGUCACACAAACUCAAUGAAGAAGCUUCAGCAGGAACUAGCGUCAGUAGAAGAACGUCACACAAACUCAGUGAAGGAGCUUCAGCAGGAACUAGAGUCUGUCACAAACUGUCUGGUAUUUUUAGUGGAGAAACUUCAGGAGGAGUUCCAGGCUACAAAAAAGCUGGUGAAAGCUGUAGCUCCUGUGGCAGACUCAAUGCCAAACUUCGCUCUGGAAUCACAAGGUGCCAGAGUUCUCCAUCAUCGCUCGUCUGCCACACUUGGUCCACAGUCCCACAAAAGGAUGUGGGAAAUGUUUCAAAACCAUUGGGAUCCACACACAAAACAGCAACAUGUUAUUGAGGGGAAAUCAUCUCUGUAUCCCGGUGACUGCUGGGCCUUUGCAGGGGAGGUGGGACAUCUUUUUAUCGCCCUGUCCCAUCCAGUUCACAUCACUCACGUAACGCUGGGACACAUAACAAGGAGCCAGUCUUUGAUUGGCGACAUUCCCAGCGCUCCAAGGCAGUUUUCCAUCUAUGGAAUGAGGACACAAGACGAGAAAGGAACCCACUUGGGGAGGUUUGUUUAUGAUCGGAAUGGUGAAUCCUUUCAGACCUUCGACCUGCCUGAACCAUCCAAAGAUCAUAUCAUCAGAUAUGUUAAGCUGCAGAUAGAAGAAAACUGGGGCAACAUAGACUUCACCUGCCUCUAUGACUUCAGGGUUCACGGCAAACUCAAAAAGACACACAAUGCCAGAAGAACAAUAUCCUCUUCCACUACCCAGUCUGCAGCACACGGGGUGGUGGAAGUGUCUAUGAGACGAGACUGUAGACACGGAUGCAACAUUCCUUCUUAUCUUCUGUAUAUUUGAACAUUAUUAUAGAUAUGAAUGAACUGUACACAUUUCUGUGCAUGUUUUGUUCUAUGGACUGUUGAAUAAAGGAUCACACUUU